AUGACAAAAUCGGUAACUCAGGCCAUCUACACAGCGAUGGGGGCGAUGUCAGAUAACCUGACCCAAUCCAUCAGCAACGCCAUCUUGGCGUCUAGCCACAACCCCAGUGUCCUCCGCCCCAAGGCCCAAGACGACAAGCCUGCACCCCUCAGCGGACGCAAGGCUACAGAAAAGACCCAUCAUAUGGGCAAGCAAACCUCCAAAACGAGUAUGAUGGACAGGUUGCGUCCUGUCACUAAUGAGGACGUGGGGCCCCCACAUAAGCGAGCCUCCCGCUGGGCAAAAACGGUGAGGGCAUGGAAAUGGGCAAAAGCCCGGACAGAAAUAUCCGACUCUGAUUUGGACCAGGUGGAGGUAUUGAGCGAGUGA